AUGUCGGAAUACGAGAGCAAUCCUGGUUGGCAAUAUUUACGUCAACGACAACAGCAGGUUCUGAUAACAUCAAAAAAAUUUGAUUCUAAGAAGAAUGUUUGGGUGCCAGAUGAAGAAGAAGGUUUUAUUGCUGCCGAGAUUAAAUCAACAAAAGAUGAUUUUGUUACUCUUAUCACUUGUAAAGGAGUUGAGAAGACUUUGAAAAAAGAUGAAACGCGAAAAAUGAAUCCACCAAAAUAUGAGAAAACGGAAGAUAUGGCGAAUUUGACAUUCUUGAGUGACGCAUCUGUACUUCAUAACUUACGUGAACGAUAUCUCUCUAUGAUGAUAUAUACCUAUUCAGGCCUAUUCUGUGUGGUCAUUAACCCCUACAAACGUUUACCAAUCUAUACUGAAAAUAUUUGCGAAAUGUAUAUUGGAAAACGGCGCAGUGAAAUGCCACCCCAUCUAUUUGCUGUUUCUGACGAAGCUUAUAGAAAUAUGAUUAACGACCAUAGAAAUCAGUCAAUGUUAAUCACCGGUGAAUCAGGAGCGGGAAAAACAGAAAAUACAAAAAAAGUUAUAGCCUAUCUUGCAAUCGUUGGUGCACCACAUCUAUCUAACAAAUCGGAGAAGAAUAGGAGAGAAAAUGCUUCUUCUAUUGAAGAUCAAAUUGUUCGCACUAAUCCGGUACUUGAAGCAUUCGGAAAUGCGAAAACUGUGCGGAACAAUAAUUCAUCUCGUUUUGGGAAGUUCAUUCGAAUUCAUUUCAAUGCUGGCGGAAGGCUUGCUGGAGCUGACAUAGAACAUUAUCUGUUGGAAAAAUCUCGAGUCAUCAAACAAGCCCCGGGAGAACGAUGUUAUCACAUUUUCUAUCAGAUUAUGUCUGGUCAGAUUGCAGGAUUAAAAGAAAAGUUGUUUCUAACACGUGAAAUAAAGGACUAUCACUUAAUUUCUCAAGCUGAGGUGACUAUCGAUGAUGUGAAUGAUAAGGAAGAAAUGCGGAUAACUGAUGAAUCAUUCGAUAUCAUGCAUUUUACCGAACAAGAAAAACAAGAUCUAUUUGCUUUGGUGGCAGGGAUUAUACAUAUGGGUGAAAUAAAAUUCAAACAGCGGCAAAGGGAGGAACAAGCGGAAUGUGAAGAUCAUCAAGAAGGUGAUUUGGCUUGCAAAUUAUGGAUGGUUAAUACGAACAAUUUCAUAUCUUCAUUAUUAAAGCCUCGUGUUAAAGUUGGACUUGAAUGGGUGAGCAAGGGACAGAAUCUUGAACAGGUGAACUGGGCAGUAGGAGCACUAGCAAAAGCAAUAUAUGCUCGAAUGUUCGCUUGGCUAAUUAAGAGAUGUAAUAAAACGUUAGACGCACAAGACCGCAGUCGUGAUUAUUUUAUUGGAGUGCUCGAUAUUGCCGGUUUUGAAAUUUUUGAUUUUAACUCAUUUGAGCAAUUAUGGAUUAAUUUUGUAAAUGAGAAGUUACAACAAUUCUUCAAUCAUCACAUGUUCGUUCUGGAACAACAAGAAUAUCAGCGUGAAGGAAUUCGGUGGGAAUUCAUCGAUUUCGGUUUAGACCUUCAAGCAUGCAUCGAACUCAUCGAAAAGCCACUUGGCAUCAUUUCAAUGUUGGAUGAAGAGUGUAUUGUACCAAAGGCAUCUGAUUUUACCUUGGCUCAAAAAGUUAAUGAUCAACAUCUCGGAAAGCACCCGAAUUUUCAGAAGCCUAAACCACCGAAAGGAAAACAGGCUAGUGCUCAUUUGGCCAUAGUACAUUAUGCAGGUACGGUACGUUAUAAUGUAACGGAUUGGCUAGAGAAAAACAAGGAUCCUCUUAAUGACACAGCAGUUGGCGUUUUGAAGGCAAAUGCUGGAAUGGUUUUGAUGACACAAAUCUGGGAAGACUACAAAACACAAGAGGAUAUGACUAAUUUGGCAAAAGAAGGCAAAACGAGCAGAAAGAAAGGUAAAUCAUCUUCAUUUAUGACAGUUUCAAUGAUAUAUCGAGAAUCGUUGAACAAUCUGAUGACUAUGCUUUAUAAAACUUAUCCACAUUUCAUCCGUUGCAUCAUACCAAACGAGAAGAAGCAGUCAGGUGUAAUUGAAGCUUCACUAGUGCUCAAUCAACUUAUUUGUAAUGGAGUACUUGAGGGUAUUCGAAUCUGCCGUAAAGGUUUUCCAAAUCGCACCUUACAUGCUAACUUUAAACAAAGGUAUGCUAUCUUGGCCACUGAAGAUGCAUCUUCUGAAAUUGAUCUCAAGCAAUGUGUUGUGAAAAUGUGUGCAACACUAGAAAGAGUUGGGACUUUGAAACCUGAAGAUUACUGCGUUGGAAAUACCAAGGUAUUUUUUAAAGCUGGCAUUUUUGCUCAACUUGAAAAGCUUCGAGAUGAAGCUUUAUCAAUUAUAAUAACCAAAUUUCAAAAUGCAUGCAGACACUAUCAAGUUCAGUGUGAUCUUCGCUGCAGAAUGCAGAAAAAAGCUGCUGUUUUGUUAUUGCAACGCAAUAUUCGCGUAUGGUGCACAUUGCGCAAUUGGAAUUGGUUCAAACUGUACGGUCUUGUCAAACUAUUAAUUAAAGGAAGCAAAAAAGAUGAAGAAUUUGAAGCAUUGCAAAGAAAAGCGAAAGAAUUGGAAGAGAACUUUAAUCGCGAAAAACAAUUGCGUAAAGACAAAGAAUCAGAAGUGGUCAAGUUGGUAACCGAAAAACAGCAACUUUUCCUUCAACUUGAACAGGAGAAAGAUAUAAGUGCAGAAGGAGAAGAAAGAGCUGCCAAACUCCUGGCUCAGAAAAUUGAUGCUGAGAAACAGUUUGCCUGUGUAAAGGAACAGCUUGCUGAACAGGAAGAUAGAAAUGCAAUUUUAUCAGAAGUGAAAAGUAAGAUAGAGUAUGAUAACGAAGUUCUGAAAAGUACAGUUGCUGAGCUAGAAGCGACUUGCAAAAAGCUUGACCAGGACAAGCAAGUUAAGGACCAUCAACUCCGAUCCUUGCAGGAUGAAAUAAAAUCACAGGAUGAAAUAAUUGCAAAAACUAGCAAAGAAAAGAAAUGCCAAGAAGAGAUAAGUCGUAAACUUCUGGAAGAAAUUCAAGUUGGAGAGGACAAACUGAACCAUCUGAACAAAGUACGGAAUAAAUUAGAGCAAACAAUUGAUGAGAUCGAAGAGAAUUUGGAGCGAGAACGACGAGUACGUCAAGACAUUGAGAAAUCAAAACGUAAAGCUGAAGGGGAAUUAAAAAUUGCUCAGGAAAAUGUCGAAGAAUUCAUGAAACAAAAACACGAAAUGGAAAAUGCACUGAAAAAGAAAGAUACUGAAAUAGCUUCAAUGCUGAAUCGUAUAGAUGAUGAACAAUCAUCGGUAAAUAAAAUACAGCGUCAAUUAAAGGAACAAAUAGCUCGUUAUCAUGAACUUGAAGAAGAGCUUCAAACAGAGCGACAAGCAAAACUAAAGAUCGAGAGAAGUCGCAGUGAAAUGCAAAAGGAACUUGAAGAGCUUAGUGAUCGUCUUGAUGAAGCAGGCGGUGCAACACAAGCACAAAUUGAAUUGAAUAAGAAACGAGAAGCAGAAUUAGCAAAGCUCCGUCGAGACCUGGAAGAAGUAUCGCUGAAUGCUGAAACAGCUAUUGCUAAUUUGCGUAAAAAACAUAACGAUGCAAUGGUGGAACUUUCCGGGGAACUGGAUUCUACCCAGAAGGAACGAAUCAGAAUGGAAAAAGAAAAAGGCACUCUACAACGAGAAAUUGAUACUUUACGGAAUCAAUGUGACAUGGAAGCUAAACAGCGCCAAAAUGCGGACAGAUUUGCUAAGCAGUUGGAAGCACAAUUAGCAGAUACUCAACUGAAAGUCGAUGAACAAGUACGAAAUCUGCAAGAAUCUAUUGCAACCAAAAAUAAGUUGCAGACUGAAGUCAGCGAUACGAGCAAGCAACUGGAAGACUGUCAGAAUCAAAUAGCAUUUCUCAAUCGUACCAAGCAACAAUUAACUGCACAGUUAGAAGAAGUGAAACGACAGUUGGAGCAGGAAUCUCAUGAAAAGCAUUCACUUAAUACACAGCUCUCAAGUUUACAACUGGAAUGCCAGCAGCUUCGUGAUGCGAUGGACGAAGAAUUGGAUAGCAAAACAGAGCUUCAAAGGCUAAUUUCAAAGGCCAAUUCUGAAGUACAACAAUGGAGAGCUCGAUAUGAGGGUGAAGGAAUGAGUCGAUCCGAAGAACUGGAAGAAGCUAGGCGGAAAUUGCAAGCGAAAGUGCAGGAAAUGCAAGAAGCACUGGAUGCAGCAAAUAGUCGCAUUAAUUCACUAGAAAAAACUCGUCUGCGACUGGCUCAAGAACUUGAGGAUGCGCAGAUAGACGCUGACAAAGCCAAUAGUUUUGCAAAUUCUUUGGAUAAGAAACAAAAGGUAUUCGACAAAACGGUUGAAGAGUGGAAGCGAAAAUGUGAUAUGCUAACACAAGAAUUGGAAGCAAGCCAAAGAGAAGUGCGGGGUGCAACCACCGAAGCAUUUAGACUUCGCAGUACUGUAGAGGAAACAGCAGAGCAGGUAGAAACACUGCGACGAGAGAACAAAGUGUUAACAGAGGAAUUGAAAGAUGUUACUGAUCAGCUUGGCGAAGGAGGAAAAAGUUUACAUGAAUUGCAGAAACAAAAAAGAAAAUUGGAAAUGGAAAAGAAUGAACUUCAGCAAGCAUUGGAUGAUGCUGAAAGUGCGUUGGAAAUCGAAGAGAAUAAAGUUUUACGAGCACAAAUUGAAAUUUCACAAAUCCGAUCGGAAAUUGAGAAACGUAUAACCGAGAAAGAGGAAGAAUUUCAAAAUACACGAAACAAUCAUCAGCGAACUUUGGAAAGCAUGCAGGCUUCCCUGGAAACAGAGACGAGAGGCAGAGCUGAUUUACUUCGGAUGAAAAAGAAGUUGGAAUCAGAUAUUACUGAACUAGAAGUAGCACUGGAUCAUGCUAAUCGUACCAAUGUCGAUGCUCAGAAAACCAUUAAGCGUCAUCAGGAUAACGUACGUGAGUUGCAGACUCAAAUCGAAGAUGAACAACGGCAACGUGAUGAGCUACGAGAACAAAUGAACGUUAUAGAAAGACGCAUACAAAUAUUACAAUCAGAAAAAGAAGAACUAUCCGAUACUCUAGAGCAGGCUGAACGAAAUCGCCGCCAGACAGAACAAGAAGCCGCAGAUAUAAAGGAAGCAGUGAACUCUUUAACUCAAAGUAAUUAUUCGCUGUCAGCUACGAAACGAAAGUUGGAAUCCGAAAUUCAGCAGCUCCAUAGUGAACUGAAUGAAACGUUUAAUGAACUAAAGAAUACCGAUGAACGAUGCAAGAAAGCGGUGAUGGAUGCAGGAAAACUGGCGGAAGAGUUACAAACAGAGCAGGAACAUUCACAAAAUCUUGAACGACAGCGGAAAGGAUUGGAAUCACAAAUGAAGGAAAUGCAGGCUCGUUUGGAUGAUGUAGAAACAACUGCCCUAAAAGAUGGAAAACGUAUCUUAACUAAAUUAGAUCAACGUGUACAUGACCUUGAGAUAGAACUGGCGGAUGAAUGUCGACGUCACGCGGAAACUCUCAAAAACUAUCGCAACAGAGAACGAAAAGUGCGCGAACUUCAAUUCCAAGUAGAUGAAGAUAAAAAGAACAGCGAACGAAUGUAUGAUCUCAUUGAAAAGAUGCAAACAAAAAUCAAAACUUACAAGCGGCAAAUAGAAGAAGCGGAACAAUUAGCCACUCAGAACAUUGGCAAAUAUCGGCAAAUGCAGCAUAUGCUUGAAGAUGCUGAAGAACGCGCUGAUACUGCCGAAAAUUCGUUGGUCAGGAUUCGAGCUAGAAAUCGUUUUAAACCUCAGUCUGUUGGGGGACGCAUCGCACAUUCUGUAUCAAAUGUUGGUAUCACAGCACAUCCUUCGAUAGCUUCAGAAGAAUCCUAA